AGACGCCUGCAUUAGCGAUAGGCAUCUUUCCGACAACUUAUUCUUACUACAACACAAUUAUGGAUGCCAAUCCUCCCUUGGCACAGACAUCCAAGCGCACAAUCAUAAAUACCAUCACUGGCCCUGACGAUUACAUUAACUUUUUGCAACCAUCCGAAGAAGCCACUCCCGCUCACGAGACUAACACAUAUUACAGCAAACUGACAUUUACAAACACACUACACAGUGCCGGCGUCGAAAAACUGAUUACCACCACCCAUAUGCUCACGCAGGUGAUCGUAACAGAGUCACUACCGCCGCGCAGUACCACAUUGCUGGCAACAAAAGUUGGCCAUUUCAACGCUUAUGGCGAACUAAAUGUCACCAACACAAUGCCUAUAAAAAAUAACAUAGCAGGAACGUCACAAAUAUUAAUAGCGAGUCCAUUGCACAGCGAAUACGACAUCCACAUUUAUACAACAAAAACUUUCGUAACCACAUUCACGUACUUCAAAACAUCGCUAUUAAGUGCAAGCACCGCCGCAGAAACCAGCUUGAAGGAUUUAGUACCAACAACUAGAAACACGCGCAUCGUUGAGAAUGUCAUCACUGAAGCGGUGCCUAAUUCGUUGAUAAACAGCGAAUUGGUCUCGAAAUUUCGCGCUGAACUAAAAAAUGGCAAGCAUGAACGGCGCGUCAUUAUUACGACAGCGUCGUUAUUGAGCGGACAAACGCUGGAAAUCACGGCUAUGCGAGUAUUAAAGCCACCGAUGAAGACCGCUUCGCUGCAAAAUCAAACAAACGGAGAGCCAACAAAGGCAGCAGGAGGCCUAAAAAUCAGUCCGACAACUGUUUUUAUUAACCUGAACCAAAAAUUUACAAGAUUCACCAAAGCAAACCAUAGUAUUGUGAGCACAAUUCCGACAAAAAUAAUGACAGGGUCAGCUACAACGGAACCCACUGCACAAAAGCACAAAGAUCCAGUAACCACUAAAUAUCCGUUUGAAACACCGGUCAGUACUCGGCCACCAGAAAGCAUUUUAGCUGACGAAACGUCAUUUGAUGAAUCAGAUGCCAAUAAUGUGGAAGAAGUAAAUGGCGGCGGGGACACGUUGACAGCAGACUCCGAAUAUGACGCGGUCUAUGUGAGUAAAUCUCCGACGCUGGAGAAACCCUCAAAUCCGCAAAAGCAGCAGCAUAUUGAGAACAAUAAUCCAACGCACAACAAAAAUCGUCUACCGGUGGCGGUCAACCAGAUUAUUGGAUCGCUAAACUUCCAUCGUUUGACGGCUUUGAGGCCAGUCUUCAACGCAAUGGCCGGGCUGCUGCAAAGCAAUUUCCAAACCACACUAAAUCAAAAGAAUGUAAGUAGUAUGCAUCAAACACAGCAGCAUCUGCACCAGAUGUCGAAUUCGCCCAUACAGCUCUCGGUUCCGGCGGCUGCGCCAGCAUUAGGAGCGGCUGUCCUUCCAAAUGGCGUGGGUGCUGUUAAAUUUGACAACAUCACAGAUACAGAGAGUAGACACCACAUCGAGAGCAGUACAGCCAAAAAGCAGGAGCCCAUUUAUAUACCGGUGAAAGAUGCUGGAUUUGCUGUAGACAGUCGCAGGCAACAGUCGGUUACAGCAGCUGCUGAAUAUGCUACCGAUCUACUGGACACAAGCAGUGCUCAAAGUUUACACAUAAAGCCUCCGAAGGCAGACAUCACUAUCUCUGACGAUGAAGAAAGUAAGUUGCUGCUGCGCACAGCCAACGAUAUUUACCCACAACAGCUGGCCCAGCUAGCCAAUCGACAAAGACAAGGCGAUAAGAAUGGUUUCGAGACGUCUUUGAUAAAUGGCGGCAUACCGAUACGUCCGGGCGAGGUAAUCACUGCCAACUCCGACGUUAUCAUAGGCAAGCCAAAUGGCAUACAAUACCCGCUUAUGCCGGUGCCCAAAAGGAAUUCCAUCGAAAACAAGUUGCAGCAACAGCCACAAGCAUACGGAGACAACUUUACACCGAUCGGCAGUCAAAUGGGCACAAUACAGUUGUUAGAAGGGCAGAAAACUCACUACGCAUCAGCCGUUGACUAUCAGCAGCAACAAAUGUUACCACAAACAGCCGCGAAUCCCCACAGCCACAUUGCGAUCCACCGCCAGCAGCACCAGGAAAAUGAAAACCACUCUCCACAAAUCAAGCACGGGCCAAACGAAAACUAUGACAACAUUUUGCGGCCACCUCCCGUAGUCUCACUUAAGUUGGCCACCAAAACAAUGGUACCACUCUCACCACCGCCCAUGCUACCGCCACCAACCUCGACAAACUCAUACAUCGCCUAUGCGGAGUCAUUCGGCUUACUUUCGCCGCCUGCAUUGCCCACAUCGCCAACUCUGCCAUCCAACAACCCAUAUGCAUCUUCAAAUCCUGCGUCGUAUGUAGCCCCAAGUCAGGUACAUACUUUCACGAAUGAACGUAAUGAAAAUUUGGCCAAUAUUCCCAAGGCCCACGCAGGUUAUUAUGCGGAAAACUAUAGCAAAACCAGACCUUUUGGAGAGAAAUUAAUCGCAGGCAAUAAAGCACCUAACCUGUACGACAUUACGGUUUACACGCCAGCGCAGUCAAUCGAUUACUACCAAAAGCACACGAGGACGCCGCAACUGUCGAAUAUCGGUAGUGCGUUGGCUGGUGGAUCAAAUACUGCACAGCAUCAGCAGGAUGACAUGUCGAAGGCAGAGUUUUCAUCCUACUCAUACUCAGCGUUGAAUGCCACCUACGACACAAUACGUUCUGGUGGUGGUGCUGUAGAGUCAGCGCUGGGUGAUCAUGUGCCCAUAGGCUCGCCUUCCAACCACCAAAAGAUCAAUCUGCAUACGCAUGUGUUUAGCCACAAUGUAAAUAUGCAUGCGCCACCGUUGACAUUCAAAAAGGAAUCCGAAUACCCGACACACGCCUCGGCCGUGCAUGGGCAAAUACCAAGCAAUGCAGUCGGCCCAGGCCCACGCUUACCCUUCACUAUUGCGAACAUGCCACAUAUAAAAAUUCAACCCAAUGAAAAGCAGGUGCAGGUGAAUUUAACGCCCGAAAAUGUUAUCGGGCAAAUAAAUAAACCCGAUGCGCACUCAAAAGGUGCGGUAAGUAUUUACGUGGAAUCCCCAUCAACUACCUACGGCAGUGAAACAACUUCGAACAGUGCAGUGGUUGGCUCGUUCUCGCUCGACAACAGCCUGCCAGACUACUUGGAGACUCCCCAGAGGCCAGUUAAGUUAGUGCCGAAGACGCAAAAGUAUAACAACUACCCACAGCUUUACGUAAUGAUGAAUGGUAAUAGAGCCGACUUCAGAGAUGACAUUGAAGAUGUAAAUUCCUUCCAUCAAAUGCUCAUACCGGCGUCAUCGGCCACAGUGCAAAAUAUAUUGGCGAACGGCAAUCCAGUAACGCCAGCGCAGUUGACACUCUCGAGCGCGGUCAUACGACAAGUCCAAGAUUCCGCAGCUAAUGGCCACACCGCAGGCAAUGUAAAUGCAGUUGCGAGCGAUAUUAAUACAGGAGCAAUCUAUUAUGAACAUGAUGAUACCAUCAACGAAGUUGAAAGCUCUUCGAAUGUUAACGACUAUAAGGACGCGGUGGCUGAUGAUGACUAUAAUGGCGGCAGUAAGCCCCAUAUAGAAGACAAAGCGGAAGCCACAAGUCAUGCGAGCGUACCUGAUGUGCGCGCCGAUCAAAGAACAGCGUCUGCAACAAACAGUUUGCACAAGCAAAUCAAAACAAAACAGCAGCAGCUCAUACACUCAAUACGCUCGGAAGAUACCAUAGCACACAAAAACAAGCAGGUAUCCCACAGCACUCCACCGCACAAAUUGCUUGUGCAACAAUGGCAGCGAAAAAGUAGUCAACAUCACAUUCUGCAUCCGUUUUUGUCGCCUAAUUCAGCGCUGGAAGUCAAUGACUUACAUGGAACAUACGACCAGUCCCCUACCGCUAUGACGCCGAUAGCCAAUGAGAAACAAAACCAAGUACCCACAUCUGCGAGUAACGCUCAAACAGUUACGGAACAGCGACGACCAACUACAUACUACGUAUCUAGUGGUACUAAGUUAGACACCUACAUUAAUUCCGCACCGACAUCACCGACGACGAAGAACGUUAACAACAAAGUAAAGAGUCUCCUUCAUUCACAUCUCUUGUUGCGUGGCGUGCCAUUCACUGCCGAAACCACACCAGCCUUGCAGAUACAUUCAAGUCAACAACCUCCAACCCAAACAGUUUUUGUAGCUAAAGGCGAGGGAUUCAGGCUCCCCGAAAUCGGUGGGGAUGAAAUAUUUGUUUCUUUAGACGCCAACUCAGCUUCAACACGCGCACCAUAUAUCGUUGGAGAGUACAAACACGUGCAUACAACCGCAAAUGCGCCGUCAAAGGUAAAAGCUAAUAGCUAUACCAGUACAGCAGUAAUACCGAUGACAACCCCCGAGCCAAUCAAAACUGGCAGUAGCAGCAAGUCCGCGCAAAAAUCACCGCCACCCAGUAGCUUGCAAGCAGCUGAACAGAGCAUAUACUUCUUCGGCAAUAGUGUUACGCAGCCGCAAGCCACUCCUCGACCCCUCAAGGUGGAAGACUUUCAUACUAUAACAGCCUAUAGUACAUCGACGACAGCCAUGCCGUCGUCACCACAGGCCGUCUCGCAUGGACACCAUGAAAGUACGCCUUCCGAUAUGUCGUAUGCUGAACAAGGUAAUAGAGACCGCAAACACUCGAAUCGUGUGAACGAGUCUUUGUGGCGAGAGCCGGCGGAAGCAGAUAAAAAGCAGCGGAUUUCAAACAGCAAUAUAUCAAAAUAUGGGUACCAACAGUCGCCUGCGAAUAGGGUUGUUGGUUUAAAUCCACCGCCAUCACCGCCGGCAGCACCAGGACAACAGCCACUAUUGAUACUGCUCGCACCUGUUAAACUUAAGUCAAGUGGCAGCAGCAGUAUGAGCACACAUGUAUAUAAUAACACGAUCAACUCUAAAACGAUGUGGCAACCGCCGUUGCAACCGCCGUUGCAACCGCCGCCCUCCCAACCGCCAGCACCUACAGAACACGACGUCACUUACAUACCACGCAUACCAGAAGGCAGGCCAGUAAAGCAGCCGAAGCCCAUACCCACAACCAAAGCCGAUACUGCACGCAACACGACAAUGCACCAGGGCGGCAGUACGAAGUCCAAAUCAACGUCAGCCCUGGAAACGAUCAUGGCAGGAAACGGUAACUAUUUCGAUGACAAGACAGCUAUAAUUAAGCCAACGAGAAGUAAUUUCCUACAGGAAACAACCUCACCAGGCGCCGCGCCUAGCGAUAGUUUAAUAGAAAGCGUGAAUACCCUGCGAACGGUUGAAGAGUUUACUCACAAUAAAGCUGUCGCGAAGCCGACAAAGUCAAAAACUAUGGCUCAACAAUCAGGGCAUCAACAACGACACAGGGAGAAAAUACAAGCAGAGAAAACUUCAGCAUCAACAACAUUGCUAAACGAGGACCAACUAAAACUCUAUCGGACACCACUUUUGGAGUCAUCGGAGUCCACAGCGGUGGUAGCAGUCAACACAAUGAGCUCAAGCUCGAAUCCGCAGACAAAACUCUUGCACAACAAAGGCAGUAGUAAGAUUAUCGAAAUUGCGAAUCAAGCGGCCCCUGGGAGUUUCAACAACUUGCCUAACCAACGGAUAAAGCAGCGUCUGCAAGAGCAACGGCAACAAUUCACCAAUAAAGCCGAAAGUUUUCCACAGAAUACGUCACUAAAAAGGAUAAUAUUGUUGCCUACGAAAUACAUUACGAGAACACAGCUACUAACCGUCACAACCACACGCAGCACAGUCGUACUCACAACGGCUAAUGAACAGCUGCAAAGUAAAUAUUUUAUGGUAACGAGAACACAGACAGAAACGGUGAUCAACACGAUAACACACACUGAGUGGGCCACUGAAACGGAGACAGAAACGGCAAUCGAAGUGGCGACCAAAACGAAAACGAAGACACAAAUACGUACACUAAUACAGCCAACACGCAUCACUGAGGCACAUAUCAUACUGGCAACGACAACAACGACAAAGAUAGAAACAGAAACAAUAGCGCCGGAAAAAAAUUUAGUAGACAAGUUCGCCACCACUACAGCAACUGCGGUUUCGGUGGAAAGUACAGACAGCCAUACCCAAAUAAUUUACUCAAACCUCUACCAGAACCAUAAGCCAAGCAACGAUUUCAGAAAGCCACAACUCCAGCAUGAGCACGAAAACUUCGCUGAUGAAAUCAAUAGCAAUAGAAAUAACCACAGAGACUAUGAGCGCGUGCAAAUUUCGGAACAAGCAGCAGCAGUAGAAGAGUCUGCAGCCGAUACGACAACGCGACCACCACCUACCAUUCCAAGUGAGGCUAUUCCAAACGACACUUCAGCGCUUGGUAAGAUGGAUGAGAUAACACCAAAUAACAGUAUUUUCAUUGUUAUGACAAACUCACAAAACGGUGGUGGCAAGCGUAAACCUCUAACUGACAUUGUUUCUGAUGGCACACUUAGCGGCGUGAGUGAUAUUUCAAGCGGUAGUGGCAUCGACACGAAUGCGGCUACCAUUGACAUGGAUUAUGACGACAAUUUAUCGGUCUUCAGUUUGCCAACGCGCGAUGAGGAGUCUGUUGCUAUUCACCAUGACUUACACAAAAUUCCCAGCCAAGUGCUGCUCGGCGGCGUGCUCAUAGCGUCGCCGCCAAAACUAUUGAGCGGAUAUGACAGCACUGUUAUAUCUGAGGUUGCUUAUGAAGCGACCGUCACAGCUUGCCAACUCACAUGCAAAUUGUCGCGAAAUGAGGUAUGCGCACUGACAGAUCUGCGCUGGCGAUGUGUAUGCCGGCCUGGCUUUGCACGCAUGUUUCCUGACCGCCCUUGUAAACCGACCUACACAUAUGCCAUGCGUAUCCAGACAGAGCGAAUUGGCAACUAUAUGCUAUUGUACAAUAGCGCUUUGGGCGACAACUCGACAGAUGAGUACAUGCAACUAGCAACGAUCACGAAAGAGGCGGUCGACCGUAUGGUAAUGCAAUCGGACUUUCGCGAUAUCUAUCAUGGAGUAAAGCUUACAACCUUCACCCCAGUGGAAGCAUCGAUCGCGGCUAACGACGACGAUGAUUGGAAACAGCCUCCAAAGCGUGUAUCAGCUAAUUUCUUGCUACAG